AUGGCAAAUCAGUGGGGUCAAAAAGCUGAGGAGCUGGAAAUUUCUAACAAAGUUGCUGGUUUAGGUUUAGCUAAAAAACCCAUCUCCAGUCAACAAUUAGAUUCGUCAGAAGAAAGCGCUGAUGCCGCGAAUCCUGCCGAAGCAUCCCUCUUAAUGAAAAUCAUCCGACAAGGAUUAGUGGAAUCUAAGCAAGACAUUGAAAUUCAAAGGAAGGAUCCCAACUCUCCAUUGUAUUCAGUUAAAACUUUUGAAGCUCUGCAUUUAAAACCAAAUUUACUUAAAGGUGUCUAUGCUAUGGGAUUUAAUGCUCCUUCAAAAAUACAGGAAACUGCACUACCCACUCUAUUAGCUGAUCCUCCUCAGAAUAUGAUUGCACAGUCCCAGUCAGGAACUGGUAAAACUGCAGCAUUUGUUUUAGCAAUGUUGAGCCGAGUUGAUACCACUAAGAAUUAUCCACAAGUGUUAUGUCUUAGUCCUACUUAUGAGCUAGCCAUUCAGACAGGAGAAGUAGCAGCAAAAAUGGCAAAAUUUUGUCCAGAAAUAAAACUGAAGUAUGCUGUGAGAGGUGAAGAAGUUCCAAAAGGAACUAAAAUUAUAGACCAUAUACUUAUCGGAACCCCUGGAAAGAUGUUAGAUUGGGGUGUCAAAUUUGGAAUGUUUGAUUUAAGUAAAAUUAAAGUGUUUGUUUUGGAUGAAGCUGAUGUGAUGAUUGAUAGACAAGGUCAUCAAGACCAAUGUAUCCGCAUACAUAAAUGCCUUCCCUCUACAUGUCAAAUGAUGUUCUUUUCUGCCACAUAUGACAGUGCCGUUAUGGAAUUUGCAGAAAUAAUUGUACCCAAUCCUAUUAUAAUCAGAUUAUUACGAGAAGAGGAAUCGCUUGAUAAUAUCAAACAGUACUAUGUUAAAUGUAAAAGUCCAGAUGAUAAAUACACAGCUAUUUGUAAUAUUUAUGGGGUUAUAACAAUUGGACAGGCAAUCAUAUUUUGCCACACAAGAAAAACAGCAAGUUGGCUCUCUGAAAAAAUGUCGAGAGAUGGACACUCAGUUGCUGUAUUAUCUGGCGAAUUAACAGUAGAACAGAGAAUAGCAGUACUUGAUCGAUUCAGAGCUGGCCUUGAGAAAGUGUUAAUAACAACCAAUGUUCUCUCCCGUGGAAUAGAUGUGGAACAAGUGACACUUGUAGUAAACUUUGAUAUGCCCAUGGAUAUGGACAAAAAAGCAGAUUGUGAAACCUACUUGCACAGAAUUGGCCGUACAGGAAGAUUUGGUAAAGCUGGUAUCGCUAUUAACUUAAUUGACUCAUCACAGGCCAUGGACAUAUGCUUAGAGAUUGAAGCACACUUUGGUAAAAAAAUUCAGCUGCUCGACAUUGAAGAUGCAGAAGAAAUUGAAAAAAUUGGUGCA